AUGGCCGAGCCUGGCCGGAUGUCGAGAAUUGGCCAAAAUGUCAAAAAAGGGGGCGCGAGUUUUGGCCAGUUUGUCAAGCAAUGCACAACUGGAGUUAUUCAGAAUACUAAAGAUGCUUGGGAGCUUCAUUCUUUGAGAAGCAAGAUGAGCGACGAAAACGUCUCGAACUCGAGAGACUCGUUGAACGAUGCUCCGCCGGACUCGUUUUGGGAAAUCGGCAUGUACAAGAGGACCGUCAAGAGAAUCGACGAUGGCGACAAAAUUUGCGAUCAAAUGAUGAAGUUUAUUCACGAAAGAGCAGAUAUUGAAGAAAUGUACUGUCGAAAGCUGCGCGAGUGGCAACUUCGCUGGGCGAAGAGCCUAGAAAAGUCGCCAGAGUACAAUACAGCCUUGUUAUCAUGGAAAUCGAUGCUAAACGAAGCAGAACAAGUUGGAAGCGUUCACAUGGCGAUCAAAGACGCCUGCCACGCCGAGAUCGAAAAUAUCAAAGCAUUCAAGAAAGAUAAUUACCACAAGCAAGUGCUCGGCGGCUACAAGGAGUCAAAGGACCUUGAUAAAGAAUUUGAGAAGGCGCAGAAGCCAUGGUCAAAGCUAUACAAAAAGGUCAAAGAUGCCAAAAAAGAGUAUUACAAGAUGUGCAAAGAAGAAAGACUCGCGCAAGCACAAGAAAACGCGGCAAAACAACAAGACGCCCCUGAUAAAAUCAAAAAGAUCCAAGACACCAUCGAGAAACGAGGCAUCGACAAAGAAAUGCUCAAAGGAAAAUACGAAAAAACAAUCGAAGAUAUCGACUCUUACAACAAUAUUUACGAGGAAGAAAUGAAACAAGUCUUCGAAAAAUCACAGUCAAUAGAGAGGGUGCGGCAAGAGUUUGUGCAGCAGGUUUGGAAAAACUUCCACAAACAUGUCGACCUGUCGAAUUCGGCGAAAAUAAAGGCGAUUUAUCAGACAAUGAAGGAAGAUAUUGAAGCGGCUGAUCCAGAAUCUGACUUGAGGUACUGGCACGACUGGCACGGGCCUGGAAUGGCAAUGAGCUGGCCGUCCUUUGAAGAGUACGGCUCGCGAAAGAAGAAAGACAAGAAGGACAAAACAGCGCGACGCUCGGCUGAUUCCGACAAACCCAACAAGGAUGAAGUUUUCCGUUUGAACAAGGCCGUGACCUCUUCCGAAGCAAAGGAUCAAAUCCAAAGCAGUGCCACAAUGCCAGAAUGGUCAGAUGACGACGAAGACGAUGUGGGGGUCCCUGUCAGAGCACUGUACGAUUAUACGGCGCACGAGUCGGACGAAAUAUCAUUCCAGGCCGGUGAUACGCUCUGGAAACUCACAGAUGAAGAUGAACAAGGUUGGUGCCAGGGAAGAUUGACAGACGGUAGCAAGGGACUCUAUCCAGCCAAUUACGUGGAAGUGAUAUAA